GUUAAGACCGCGUACCGGCAGAAGGCCCUGACGUGUCACCCAGACAAGAACCCCGACCACCCCGGAGCAGCGGAAGUCUUCCACCAGCUGUCUCAGGCCUUAGCCGUGCUAACAGAUGCAGCAGCAAGGGCGGCGUACGACAAAGCGAGAAGGGCUAAGAAGCAAGCAGAAGAAAGGACACAAAAACUUGAUGCGAAGCGAAAGAAAGUAAAGCUUGAUCUUGAAGCCAGAGAACGAGAAGCUCAGACCCAUGAGAGUGAAGAGGAGGAGAUCAGGAUAACGAGGUCAUUAGAACAAGAGAUAAUACGCCUGCGUGAAGAAGGCUCCCGUCAGCUUGAGGAGCAGCAGAGGCUCAUUCAGGAACAGAUCCGGCUUGAAAGAGAGCAGCACAUCCAAGGCAAGCCAGAAAGAGAUGGAGCAGAAGGCAAAAUAACUCCCAAACUCAAACUGAAAUGGAAAUGCAGCAAAGAAGAUGAGACGAGGGGGGGAUACUCAAAAGACGUUCUGCUGCGGAUCCUACAAAAGUAUGGCGAUGUGCUCAAUUUGUUGAUCUCAAGUAGGAAGAUGGGGAGUGCAGUCGUGGAAUUUGCUACGGUUAAGGCUGCUGAGAUGGCUGUGAAGAAUGAAGUUGGCCUGAUAAGUAAUCCUCUAAAGAUUUCCUGGCUGGAGGGCCAGCCCCGGAACAAUCCCAGCACUGUACUUUCUGACAGCACUAGUCAACCUAGAACUUCACAG